CUCGUGGCCACAAGACAAAACAACUUGCAUUAUUGUGUCUAGUCUGUGGUCGCUGGAAGUAUGGCUGCAGCAGCAUGCUCGCGGGACAAGGACUCGAUUGCCUGGUUGUCAAAGAAAGAAGAUGAGGGCACACAAGAAGAAAAAGUGGAUGGACAAAGAAUAACAUCUGUAUCUGGUUGCUGCAAUAAACUGACAAGGAGGCUUUUACCUCCUCAUAUCAGAACAGAAUCAAAGGCCUUGUUAAAACUGGCAUGGGGAAUAUCUCUGAAUUCAUUUCUUACAUUUUUCAUACCUGUCUCUUCAGUGCUUAUUGUUGGGCACAAGGGAAAUGUUUACCUUGCUGCACUAGGACUUGGCUUGUCAGUAUGUAAUGUGACAGGAAAUGUCUUUGUGGCUGGACUGACAUCAGUGACAGAAACAUUGUGCUCCCAAGCAUAUGGUGCUGGACAAUACAAGCGAUUUGGAGUUGUGAUACAAAGAUCCCUGAUCCUUACAUUCUUAGCAGUUCUUCCAUCAUGUGCCCUGUGGAUAAAUUUAGACAAGAUACUUGUGCUCCUAGGACAAGACAAAGAAGUUGCUUUACUUGCUAGUUACUAUGGGAUUUGCUUCAUUCCUGGUUUACUGUGUCUCAUACUGUUCAAUACACUGACAAGGUUUUUGGCUUGCCAGAACAUUGUUUACCCAACUGUGAUUGGCUCACUUCUUGCUUUUGUUAUCAAUGGAGUCUUUUGUUACGUCUUUGUCUAUGAAUUUGAUUUUGGAAUAUGGGGUGCCGCGCUUGCUUUGGAUUUGUCAUAUUUUUCUUUUUGUGUCUUCAAUCUCGUCUUUAUUUACGUGAAAAAAAUUCACGAAAAAACCUGGUAUGGUUGGUCAAGAGAGUGCUUAUCUCAAUGGACGGAUUUUUUUUCUCUUGCUAUUCCAGCAACCAGCAUGACGUUAAUGGAAUGGAUUGUUUACGAACUGGCCAUCAUUUUAAUGGGUAUUAUUGGAAACGUGGAGCAAGCAGCUAUGGUUGUGUCAUUAUACAUCGCCGGAUCUAUAUAUUUUGUAUCUUUUGGUAUCGCAAUUGGCAUCGCUGUCAGAGUUGGUAGCUUUCUAGGAGCAGGGCUUCCUCAAUAUGCGAAGCAUUCUGUGAAAGCUGGUUUUUUAGUGUCAGCGGCAUUUACAGUGUCAAUUGUUUUGAUAGUCGCUGCAACCAAAGAUGUUAUUGGCUAUUUAUUUACAAGUGAUCGAGCUGUGAUAGAGAUGGUAUCAGACGUUAUCGUUUUAGCAGCAUCACAUCAAAUUUUUGAUGGAUUGCAGACGAUAUGUAUCGGAGCAAUUCGUGGUAUUGGAUAUCAAAAGUACGGCGCAUUGAUAAAUUUUGUAGGCUACAUGUGUGUUGGAAUACCCUUGUAUAUUCUGUUGAUGUUCAAGGCAAACAUUGGAGUGCUUGGAUUUUGGUUAGGAGCAGUGGCCGGAGUGUGGUCCCAAUUGUUUGGAGAAAUCGUUUUACUGUAUAGAGCUGACUGGACCGAGCUUUCGAAAUUGGCAAGAGAAAGAGCUGGUGUUGUUACAGAUGCGCACCCUUUUGAAAGUAAUGGGCCUACUGUGGAGAACUACUGUGCAAUUGAAAAGAACGUUGAAGAAAACAAAUACAAAAGCAGAAGCAAAGUCAAUGACGUAACUGAAACUGCCUUCAUUAAGGAGGAGAAUUCUAGUCUUUUCACGCCAGACUUUCCAAGUACUGCCAAAGGUGAUCACGGAAUUUCUUCGCCGAAUGUAAACGCGGCUGAGGUAUUUUUUACGUAUCCACCAACAGCAACUCAUUCAAAAUUAGAGAUUUUUCUCAAGGUUUUAGUUGUUUCUCUCUUAUUCAUUUUAGUAAUUGUUUCGUUGGUCUUCAAAGUGACUCAUCCUUAAAUAUUUUUAUAUCUUUUUUAUAAUUAUUUUUAUCGCUGUAUAGGAGAAUAUUCGUUAAGAUUGUUAUAAAAGAUUAAUAAUUGAUAUCGUCUAUAAAAUAUGAUAUAACUAAGCACUAAUUAAUAUAAACUUACUCAAUAGUUUAUUAGAUUAUUAGAAAUACUUUAUAGAAUAUUAGAGAUUUUAUAUGAUAUUAAACUGUGAAGAUUA